AUGGAUCCACAGAGUGUAGCCUUCCAGCCCCGCGACGACGUUUGGCGAUUCCAGGACGAGAUGCUUCGAGUGCAGCAGAACCAAGCCGAGUUGUCUGAUCGCGUGUCCCGUCUGGAACGCCAGAGAGACGACGACUCGCGCCUCAAGAGCGUCUGGGGCACGUCUUCGCCCUUUCCCUCCGUAUUGGGCGUGCCCCUACAACAGCCGACGGCGGAGCACUUCUCAAACUUCGACGACCACCCGAACAACAUCAUCGGCAAUCUCCAGCUAGACGCAGAAGAGGAGCCUCGGCGAGUGGGUGCUACAUCCCGCGCAAACAGCGUUCGCUUCGACGAGACUGCCAACCACGGACACUGGGCGCAUGCUUCGCGGUCGUCGCUGGAUCUCAUACCCCGCACGGGCAGCGGCCUGGGCGGCCACGCCAUGAGCGAACGCAGCUACUCGCACAAAUCGGACGGACGACAGAGCUCUGCGGGACAUUCGGUACACUCGGCGACAUCCGGUCGGGCGAACAGCCUCACAGGUUUAGGCCCCAGCGCACUCAUGGAGCCUCCUAGCUUGGCCCCAGGCUUGUUCAUACUCGGCUCUGUACCAGCUAUCAUCCGUUGCUGGCUCGACACUAACUUCAGACAUGAUACCCUACUUUACGCGGCAGUAUGUUCGGGAGCUUACACAUCGACUGUCGACUUUUGCCUGAUUGAGCAACUUGGGAUGCAGGACCAAAUCACGAAAACCGACGAGGGUCUACGCAAGGUCAAAAUCUCUGUGUAUCUCCCUGAGGCAGUACCCGUGAUGGGGUCGUCUCGAUCAAACAGUCCUGCUCCACAACUUCCGUCCGUAGCUGUGGAAUUCACCAUUGAUGAGGGACACGGCACAUCUGCGAAUCCGAAAUCCAUACAGAUCUUCCUUGGCAGCGACAUGCUGCGUACGCACAAUGCCGAUUUACUGUUUUCGACUAAUCAGCUGACCUUGUACGAUGAUGAUGGCUGCAAGCUCCAGAUUCCUCUUGUGCGGCCUGAGGACGAGCGCACGUUCAAGUCGCUGGCAAUCUCUGAUCGUUCUGUUGUGGAAACGAACCGGACAGGCAUUUUGCCCUGCACGGCAGGCCCCACGAACGAGUCAAGUCCAAACGAGGCCCGCUAUACCACAGCCAAGCCCAACGACUCCGGCACAGCGAGCUCAGACGAUGGGGGAUCAAUUGGCCGUAGGAGUUUCGAGCAGCGCCCACGCCUCGGUCUUUCUACCUCGACACGGAGCAGUGCCAAAGAGGCGCAAGAGACGUCGCCAACGGGCGCUAUUCCUCGCUCGGGGCCGUCACCAGCCAUGUUAAGCAACUGGCGCCGGGACUCUUCUGAGAAGACCAACACAGGCGUUCUAGACUGGGCCAACGUGGGUAAAACCACGACUUCGAGCACCAAGCCUCGUGAAACAGGCAUGAAGGUGCUGAGGCCUACGAGAGCAGCAACGAGUCAGUCGCGUUUCUUCGAUGAUGGUAAGAGGCGAGGCGAAGAUGAAGCGACAGCCACACCAUCUCUCCAUGGCAGCGUGUCUGGCGAGAAGUCAGCGGAGAAUGUAGCGCCUGCAAAAUCGCGGUCUGCGAAUCCCGUUGGCGGCGCGUCUGCGUUUGCAUGGCUCAACAGUGGCGGUUCGAAAUGA